AUGAGCCACCGCUUCCCCCUCCCGUCGCUCCCCCCGCUCCACCUCUCGGCGCUCGAACGCCGCGCGAGUCGCGAGUUCAUGCAGCUCCUGCUCGCGCACACGCUGCGCGAGUUCGAAGGCCACACGUACGGCCACGGCGGCGUUGCCGACACCCGGCGGUGGAAACCGCACACGCAGCGCGACGACCUGACCGUCUUCCGCGAGCGGUCGGCCGGUCGCACUGGUCGCCGCCUCUUGACCGCUGCGCGGCGACAGCACUGCUGCCUCGAGCUGCCGCUCUUGGAGCCGACGGUCGCGACGCUGUCGUCGCCGACGCUGUUGCUCACGGGCGUUCGCCGCGGCCGCGUCGAAGACGCCAUGAGCGCCGUCGUGACCGAGAGCCAGCAGGACUUUGCCCUGGCCGUGACCUAUAAGCACACGGACGUGGCCGACUGCGCGAUCCUCGAGACGCUCGAGCCGCCGCGGCCGGCCGCGCCGUACCACUACCUCGGGCUCAAGUUCUUCGUGCGGCGGUCGCCGACCGAAGGCCACGUGCUCAAGCACCGACACAGUAUCUAUCUCGAGUUCAGUGGCCUCGCAACGUCGAGUCGCGGCGAAGUCGUGGGCUUCCACCUCAUGCACUCGGUAGCGCUUGCACCGGGCGCGGCCUUCCCCGACCUACGGGCGUUCAACUCGAUCCGCGCGCUGCAGUCGACGCGGUACGUCUACCGCCAAAAGACCGACGCGCUCGUCGACGUCUUCAUGGUGGGGAACAUGGACAUUGCCGGCCGCGUCGUGCGGCCGCUCGCCACGCGCUAUGCGAUCGAAACGGUCGUCGGCGUCACGCGGCUGCUCGCGCUGGCCGAAGUGCGGCGGCUGUCGCAGAUGGCGCACGCGCAGCGGACGUUUGGCACGUGGGCGACGGCCGUCGCCGACGGACGGGGCACCUGCCACGUGUGUGCGACGGCCGCGGGCGCGAAGCGCAAGACGCUGCAGCACUGUGUGCUCUGUGGGCACGCCGUGUGCCGCGCGUGCACGACGGCCAAGCGCGUGUUCCAGAGCGACGACAGCGGCAUCUUGGGCGCGUUCGAGAAAGUCGCGGCGUGCACGCAGUGUGUGCAGCGGGCGAACACGGGCGCGUUCUUGACGCCGCACGAGCGCGUGCGCCGGACGCCGGUGAAGGAACUGCCGGGUGCGUUCCAGAAGCCCAUGGGGCGGCCAUCGGGUCCAUUGCCGAUGGCAGAGAUGGAGGAGAUGGACCGCUGCGGGGCGAGCGGACGGUCGGGUUCGGGGGGGCCCCGACGGGAGACGUUUCCGUCCGCGUCGUCGUUGGGUGUGGCUCCGGACGUGGAGCAGCACCGCAUUGGUCAGAGUCUGCCGACGACGUCGCUCUUGAACGGGUUGGACGACGACGAGCUCGACGGACUCGACUCGUUCCUGGAGAACCGACCACGACCGGUGGAUCCUACAACGACUACGACUGCAGUGGUAGGAACUGGGACUGCAGAGGCUACGAGGCCCCAAAGGGGUUGUUGCUAUGCCGUCGUGGACGAGUCGAGUCGACCGCGUCCGCUUCUGCGGGCGUCGGACGCGCGGGUGGUGUACAAUUUGCUGCCCUCGAAGGGGCACAUGCCGCACCGGAAACUCGAGUUACCGAGCAACGCGUCUGCCGCGCAGCGGUCGAUGAUGGUCCGACUGUUGGAGCUGAGCAAGAUCGCUGAAGACACGUCGGCGACUGCGCGACGGAACCGCUUGUACUGCGAGCAGUACUGGCGAGAAGAGCUCGAGAAGGAGGGCGAGCUGAUUCGUCGCACGCAGUGCUGA